CGCGUCGCUCAGUCCAGGCGGACACGUGCUUUUAUCAUCCCAAGUUCUAGUGCAUAGAAGUGUGGGCCAUGAUGUGAUAGCCAGUGUGCAACUGAAUGUAACUAACGGUGCAUUGUGAUUGUGUGUGUGGUGCGUUUGCGAGUGUGUACCGGACUUGUACAAACUGUGUGUUUUGCGUCUUAGAGUGCCGUGUUCGGUGGUGUCGGUAUGGCGGUGUGGCAGUGCCGCGUACUGCUCGUGGUGGUUCUGUGCCACCUCGCUCUCUCCUCGCCCGCGGUUCGCCGCGAUCUCAGAGGCCUCGCCUAUGAGCCUCCGCAGGACCCUCUGGCCCUAGCGCAGCCGGCGAAGCUGGGCGAGGAGACGUUCGGAGGAGCGGCCGAUCCUAGGGGUGGGCGAGAGAAGCGACUACUCAAGACUGUCGGGGUAGUGAAGAGUGUGAAGGCCGUAGCCACCAAGGCUGCGGUCGCGGGUGCCAAAGCCAUCGGCGCUAAAGUGCUAAAGUCAAGCGCCGGUGUGGCCGCUGGGGCGCUUGGACUUAAAGCCGUGGCAGGAAAAGCCAUAGGUGCCAAAGUGAAGGCGGUCGGUGUUAAGGCCAUCGGCACAGUGGCUGCGCUUGGACUGAAGGCACUGCUGCUCAAAUUCCUCUUUGGGCUGUCCAAGUCCUCGCUGCAGUCCGUCAGUCAGCCUCGCCAGCGCCCCGUCUCUACCCCCACCCCAGGGUCUGAGGAUGAUGAAGUGCCGCAGUUUGACCCCAACAAGAUCAGUCUCCAAGUACCAGAUGAGUUGUUCGCUCCAGCGUUCAACUCAGUAAACAGCAUCUCAACCAUUCUUGGCAACCUUAUUCAGAACACUGCUGAAAGGGUCGCCGGACUGGUCGAAAGGCUGAAGCCGCUUCUAAGAUCUUCUCUGGGGUUCCGAUCACGGAAAAGGGAAACAGAAGAAGACAAAGAUACGGAAGACACAAAUGACCUUGCAGACAACGAGACAACUUUUUUUACGGACUCUGACUCUUCAGCUAAUGAAGUUCAGCAGUUAGCGGGAAGUGAAACACAAACUCAAACAGCUGCUUCAGCGGAAGAAGAGCUCAACAGCCCAAUAAAGACUAGCUAUGCUGCCUUGGCCAAUAAUAGAUAACAUACAAACGCAUCUUCUGCAAACACCAUUGCUCACUUUUAUUUCUGUUACCAAGAUUUGUACUAAAUAUUCUGACAGUGUGGUUGAAGUUAACCAGAUUAUUCAUCUGUAGUAUCUUUGUCAUCAAUCAUAGUAAAGGUACCACUUUAUAUAUGUAAAUAAUAAUUUGUAAAUGUAAUAUUCAAGAUCAAAACUGGUUCCUUUGGAAAAUCGUCAUCUCAUAUCAUUGCAAAAGUGUAUCAUCAUAAGUGUUCAUUUAGCUCCAUUUAUUUUAUGCCAUUAUUUUGUCGUGCCAAAGUUUAAAAUUAAAUGGUUAAAUUUAUUUUAUUUUAUGCUGUGAAUUAUUGCAGUAAGAAAUUAUUAUAACUACCAACCAAAGUAAAGUAUUAAUAAUAUGUAGAUAUGUUUUAUGCAUAGUGAUUUUUUGAGAGUUGGGACUUCCUAACCCUGUAAAACCAUAACAAUUUGUAUUACACCUUUUGAAGCUGACUCUAAGAAGUGAAAUGUAUAUUCGUGGAGAUUCUUAAGCAAAAUUAUAAAUUUUUGGGAAAAUAAUUUACAUAAAACUGAAUGACCAGUAGGUGUGGUAACUAUGUAAAUUUCUUGAUUAUUAGUAAGUAUGUUUGUUUUACCAUUUCCCAAUAAAAUAUUUA